AUGGGCUACUUACACAAAUCCCUAUGGAUAUUUCUCAUUCUGUUCAUCCAUCAUGUGAGUGAACUUUCCGCCACCAGCCGCCGCAGCACUCCCGCCGGCGGCGGCCGCAGCGCAAAGUUUGCGUUGAUGUCCCGCAGCUCCCCGAACUCGCCGUUCUACAAUGCGUCGGAGACGCCCUACGACCGUAUACAAGAUGCAUUCCGGCGGUCGAAUCUCCGGCAGGCCGGAAUUCGACUAAUGAAAGAGUCGAUGAUAUCUCCGGCGAAGGACGCGCAAUCGAGCAUCACCGUAGACAACACCGAGUACAUAAUGCGGAUGUUCAUCGGCGACGACAACGACCGCCAGGUAGUCUUCUUAAUUCCCGACACCGGGAACUUUGUUACGUGGACGCAAUGCAAGCCGUGCCAUGAGUGCUUCCAUCAGUACGACCCGAUCUUCGAUCCCUCACGAUCGAAGACUUUCAAAACCAUCCCAUGCACGGCGCCGGAGUGUAAAUCCUUGGUGCAUUACUCUUGCGGCCACCACGACGCCUGCGUUUACGAGGUGGCUUACGCCGACGGGAGCCGUAGCCAAGGCACGUUGUCGGUCGACACGGCUUAUCUCGACAAUAAGGCGCAGUAUCUCGAAGCUUUUCCGAACUUUGUGUUCGGGUGCGGGCACAAAAAUUCCGGGAUCUUCAGGGGCCGGUCUAGCGGGAUAGCUAGCCUCGGCGACCACCCGCUAUCGCUCAUCCGGCAAUUUGGCGAGAACAAAUUCCUUUAUUGCCUUGAGAAUCUCAAUUCGCCGUUCGACGGCAUCAUAAUAUUUGGCGAACGCGCCGAGGCCACAGGGCCAGACGUGGUGACAACUCCGGUGGUCAAGAAAGAAGGCCACCACUUCUACUAUAUAACGUUGGACGCGAUAACGGUGGGCGGUCAACGGCUGGGUUUUGCGGACAGCGGGAAAGAGGGGAACAUAAUAAUCGACUCGGGGACGACGAUGACAUACCUCCCGCGGGAUCUUUACAAUGCGGUGGCGGCGGCGGUGAAGGCAGGGAUUCCCGAUACGCCGUUGCAGACCACUGAUAAGCUGUGCUACAAGAUACCGGAAGGCGGGGUGAAGUGGCAGUUCCCGGAGAUAAAGGCGAGCUUCAAAGGAGGCAUGGACGUGUUGCUGCCGCGGGCGGGGAUCUUCGUGUCGCCCCAGCCCGGCGUGCUCUGCAUGUCUAUACUUCCCAACGCCGGAAAUACUGACAACAUUUUCGGCUACUUGUCGCAUUUCGAUCAUAUCAUUGCGUUGGAUCUCAAUGCUCAUACGCUCAGAAUCAAGCCGGAGGACUGUCAAACUCUUUUCUGA